CGCGCCGCCCGCCCCGCCCCCGGCGAGCGGCCAUGACCGCCGAGGAGAUGAAGGCGGCGGACGGCGGGGCGCGGGCGGCGCCGCCGGCCCCCGAGGGGGUGGACAUCAGCCCCAAGCAGGACGGGGGCGUGCUGAAGGUCAUCAAGAGAGAGGGGACGGGCACAGACACGCCCAUGAUUGGCGACCACGUCUUCGUCCACUACACUGGAUGGCUGCUGGAUGGCACGAAGUUUGACUCUAGCCUGGACCGCAAGGACAAAUUUUCCUUUGACCUGGGCAAAGGGGAAGUCAUCAAGGCCUGGGACAUUGCCGUGGCAACCAUGAAGGUGGGGGAGGUGUGCCACAUCACCUGCAAGCCAGAGUAUGCCUAUGGCUCAGCCGGCAGCCCUCCCAAGAUCCCUCCCAACGCCACGCUCCUGUUUGAGGUGGAGCUGUUUGACUUCAAGGGAGAGGACCUGUCGGAAGAUGAGGAUGGCGGCAUCAUCCGCAGGAUCCGGGUCCGGGGUGAAGGCUAUGCCAGGCCCAAUGAGGGCGCCAUUGUGGAGGUGGCGCUGGAAGGCUUCUAUGAGCACCGUCUGUUUGACCAGCGGGAGCUCCGCUUCGAGAUCGGGGAGGGGGAGAGCCUGGACCUGCCCUGCGGCCUGGAGAGGGCCAUCCAGCGCAUGGAGAAGGGGGAGCACUGCGUUGUGUACCUCAAGCCCAGCUACGGUUUCGGCAAUGCUGGGAAGGAAAAGUUCCAGAUCCCACCGCAGGCUGAGCUCAUUUACGAACUCCAUCUUAAGAGUUUUGAGAAGGCCAAGGAGUCCUGGGAGAUGAGCUCCGAGGAGAAGCUGGAGCAGAGCGCCAUUGCCAAGGAGCGCGGCGCGGUGUACUUCAAGGACGGCAAGUACAAGCAGGCGCUGCUGCAGUACAAGAAGAUCGUGUCCUGGCUGGAGCACGAGUCGAGCUUCUCCGGUGAGGAGCUGCAAAAGGCCUCGGCCCUGCGGCUGGCCGCCCACCUCAACCUGGCCAUGUGUCACCUGAAGCUGCAGGCCUUCUCGGCCGCCGUCGAGAACUGCGACAAGGCCCUAGAGCUGGACAGCAAAAACGAGAAAGGUCUCUUCCGUCGAGGGGAGGCACACUUGGCUGUCAAUGACUUUGAACUGGCACGGGCUGACUUCCAGAAGGUUCUGCAGUUCUACCCCAACAACAAGGCUGCCAGGACCCAGCUGGCCGUGUGCCAGCAGCGGGUCCGCAAGCAGCUGGCACGGGAGAAGAGGCUCUACGCCAACAUGUUCGAGAGGCUGGCGGAGGAGGAGCGCAAGGGCAAGGCCGAGGUGGCUUCAGGGGACCACCCCACCGACACAGCGAUGAAGGAGAAGAGCGAUGGCCAGUCCCAAAUGGAGACCGAGGCGUAGCCCUGCCCCGCCCCACCCCUUCUGAACACACUGAAGAGUUUUGCGUGAAUUGAGACCUUUAUUUUUCUAUCUGGUGGGUGGUGGCUCUGGGGGGACGGGGGAAGGCUGGGGGUCGCUCAGGUGGGUCCUGUCACCCCUCAUUGCAGGUGAGCGUGUGUCCUGCGCUCACACUGCUCAGAAUGCUAAUUUAUUCUGCUUCCUGUUUGGUCCACGUGUGAGCGGGGAGAAGGGGUGAGGUGUGAUGUGCAGCAGGGUGGGGAGGGGGAGCCCUGGGCUCUGGCGUGCCGGGUUGUGCCCCUCCCCUCUUCCCCUGGAGUGGCUGUCUUCUGGAGCUGGGGUGACUGCCCGUCCCCAUUCCUGUCCCCAUUCCUGUCUCCCCUCCUGUCCGCCUGCCCUCAGCCAGGCUGUGUACCCCUCCCCCCGGGCCUCUGCUCGCUGCCAAAGGCCCAGGUGCCACUCGAGCCCUGUGCUCGAGCAAUAAAGACGAUAAGCAAAACUGG